GGCCUAACCCGCUCCGUGAUCACGUCAGAUACAGGGUGUGGUUUCUAUCUCACCCUGAAAGUUAAUUCUCAUUUUGGAAACAGCAUUUGAUCUCAACAGUUUAAGUGAAUUUACUUGGAUUAGCUGUUAAAUGAUUCUGUAAUAGACCCACCGCGAAACCGAAAGUGAAUGUAGAACUUUCCGUCGCUGGAGAGUUUUGCUUGAAAGAAAUCUAGAACACAUUCUGCUCUACAAACAGUCAUGGGAGCAUCCAGUUCUGCUGACUCUAACACACAAAAAGCCCAACAGGAGGAGACUGGAGACCUGCAGAAAGCAGUAGAUGAUAAACUUCAGAGAGUCAAAGACGAGCACAAAACCAGAAUGAAGAACAAGUACGAGAGCUUAUUUGAGGGAAUGAAACUCCAAGAGAAUGAAACCCUCCUCAACAGGAUCUACACACAGCUUUACAUCAUAGAAGGAGAGCGUGAUGGAGUGAAUGAAGAACAUGAGGUUUUACAGAUGGAGAAAACAGCCAGAACUCAACUCGCACAAGACACGUCCAUCUACUGCAAUGACAUCUUUAAAGCCUCACCUGAACCCGGAUGUGAGGAGAAAGACCAAACCAAGACUGUUCUUACUAAAGGCAUCGCUGGAAUCGGAAAAACCAUCUCUGUGCAGAAGUUCAUUCUGGACUGGGCCGAGGGAAAAGCCAAUCAGGAUGUAGAUUUCAUGUUUUUGAUUCCAUUUCGAGAGCUGAACUUGAUUCAAGAUCAUCAAUAUAGUUUUCAGAGACUUCUGCUGGACUUUCAUCCUGAACUUCAAGAUCUGGACUCAAAGACUUAUGAGGAGUGUAAAAUUGUGUUUAUCUUUGAUGGUCUGGAUGAAAGCAGAAUCACACUGAUGUUUUCAAGGAGGAAUCUGUGA